AUAUGAAUGAUAUGCAGUUUCCCCUAAUAAUCCCACCCCUUCACAAAAACAGACAUUAAAAAGCAAAGGAAACAGUCAUUUCUCAUUCUGUCCCUGACACAUGAUGAAUCUGAGAGUGUCUGCUGUUCUUCUUCUGGUUUUUCUCACUAGAGGAAACUCACUCAAAUGCUACGCAUGCAUUUCUCUGACGGAUUCUUGUAAUGCAAAAGAGACGACGUGUCCAGAGGGAUUCUCCAAAUGUUUCAGUACAACAGUGCAUGGAUCCCUAGGACCUGUUAAGAUAGCUAGCACAACUAAACAGUGUGAACGUGAGUGUGAACCUGGGACUAAAAAACUAUCAACAGGAGGCACAGUGACCACCAAGUGCUGUGAUAGUGAUCUCUGCAAUGCUGCAGAUGGGAUGUACAAGAGAAGUGUCGUCCUGCUGUUGUCUCCUCUGCUCUUUUACUUUCUGUUUCACUGAGUUCAACUGCAGGAGAAAGAAAACCACAUCAAACAUUAUUGUAUCAUGAUUUGAGUAUCAAAAAUAUGCAUUUCAAUAAAGAGAUAUGAAUCAAAA